AUGAACGGCUAUAAAAUCAUGGUCGACGCAGGCUUUCUUGCAGUUCGACAUCAAGCAAGAUCAGCAACACAAAGUCUUAUGCACUCGACUCGAACAACGAGAAUCAUCCCUCAAGCCUCAAGAAUCGUCAAGCCAACGCUCCCCAAAACCAGAAACAUGUCGUUCCUCUUCCCAAGAAUCGCCUUUGCACCCGCACACUGCGGCCCUACCCGCCGGGAUUUUGCUCCCCUCCUCUCGCUCUUCGACGACUCGUUCAAUGAAGUCCAAAAAGCCAAUCGAUCGGCUCGGAAGCAAUUCAACCCUCGCUUCGACGUCAAGGAAUCAAACGAAGCUUACACUCUGGAGGGUGAACUCCCCGGUGUCGAGCAGAAGGAUCUGAGCAUCGAAUUCGUCGAUGAACACACCCUGACCAUCAAGGGUCGUACCGAGCGCACGACAGAAUCCGGUACUCGUCCUCAAGCUGUCGAAGCUGAGAAGAAGGCUGCCAUCGAGGAAGCUCCUAUGUCUGAAACCAGCAGCGUCAAGUCCCAUCAGCCCACCGUCGAAGAUGAGGAGCCCGCCAACUCAUCGGCAGCCGCUGCUGAAGACAGCAGCAAGACAGAGGUCGCUGCUCCUGCUGAGCGACAGCCCACCAAGGCCGAGGAACAACAACAAUCUGCACCUCAACAACAGUACUGGAUCACCGAACGCAGCGUGGGAGAGUUCUCUCGCAGCUUCUGGUUCCCGCACCGGGUGAACCAAGAGGCGGUCAAGGCUUCGUUGAAGAACGGGCUCCUCAGCAUCGUGGUUCCCAAGGCUGCACCUGAAAGCCGUCGCAUCACUGUCGAGUAG